CCUGUAUCUGUCACAAUCACAGCUGUCAAAGUUGUUGUCAAACUUACCAAAAUUACCGCGGGCACUUACGAAAACAAUUAAAAAAUGAGUCAAAAGCGAGUAAAAAAACCAUCUAAUACAGCAAUAGAUUAUUCAGAGAUUGAAGACUCUGUUAAAGAAUGUGUGCGCUUUAUAGUUUGUCGGGAAGGUAGUAAAAUACCGAUCAAGCGAAGUGAAAUUAUUAAACAUCUGAGCACAGUUUGUGAAACUCCCUCCAAUCAUACGAACGCAGUGAUUAUCGAAGCAAAUAAAGUAUUAAAAAGGGUUUAUGGCUUCAAGUUAGUCCAAGUGAAGGCUAAGAGUGGCAUCCAAUACAUUGUGGUGCUGAAUGAAGAAUGCGAGUCUUUACCAUCAACAGUCAGUGACAGUCAGGAGCGGAGACUGCUUGUCGCUACAUUACUGCACAUCUUCAUGACUGCGGCACCAGUAAAAGAAGAGGACAUGUAUAAGUUUUUAAUAGAAGCAGGACUGUUGGAAGAUAAUGAUCUUGCUUCGAGAAAACUCCUCACAACCACAUUCACAAGACAAAUGUAUUUACAAUAUUCUAAGGUGGGAGAGGGUGACCUCGCAAGGUAUGUGUUCCAGUGGGGGGAGAGAGCUUCCGAAGAAGUUCCAAAACUGUUCCUACUCAACAAAAUGGCUGAGGCCUUCGAGAAAACACCAGAUCAUUGGUAUGAACAAUACAAAGAAGCAACGGAAGAGACCCGUCAAAACACCAACACUUCCUGAGACUAUGGUGUUCUUUAAUUAAACAUCUAAUGUUUUUCCUUGUUAUAAUAUUGUUAAGUAAUAAUGUAAUGUCUGUAUGUAUGAUUUUUUUGAUAAAGAACCAUCUCCCAUUU